AUGGCUCCUGCAAACCCCCGUGCCGACUGGGAAAAGGUUGGCGAUCAGCUUUACCAGAAAGUCCGAAUAUAUGAUGCUGUUUUCGAUGAAGAUCUAGAAUUGGAAAAUUAUAUCGCCGUUGGGGCACCUUAUGGCGGCGCAAUAGCGCUCUAUCGUGAUGAAACAAAACUCCAGAGAUAUCGAGAUCCGCAGACAGCCAAGUCGAGUAUAGAUAUUUACUCGUACUCUGGACAGCGGAUAAGUCGUAUUAAUUGGGAUCAUGGAUCUAUUCGGGGACUCGGCUGGUCCGAAGAUGAGAAGCUCCUCGUAGUGACUGAAGAUGGCACGGCAAGGUGCUAUUACGGCCUAAAUGGAGACUUUUCACCUUUCUCUCUAGGAAGUGCUGCGGAAGAGCAUGGAGUCAAGGAUUGUCGUUUCUGGCCCACUGGAUUCGUGGCUCUUCUAUAUAAUAAUCAAUUUAUUUCGGUAACCAGAUAUGACGAGCCACGGCCCAAGUUACUUGCCUCUCCACCAGAGGGAGAGAUUCACUCAUGGUCUUUAAUACCGCCUAGCUAUACGCUCUCGAGAUCUGUGGAGGUUCUUCUUGCGAUCGAACGGACUAUCUAUGUAGUCGACGCUACCGAUGCCGAAGAUCGCGUAUUGCAGAAUGGCCCUUUCAAACAUAUUAGCGUUUCACCCAAUGGUCGUUUUGUCGCCUUGUUCACACAGGAUGGAAAGUUAUGGGUCGUGAGUAGCGACUUUCAGAACAAAUUUAGCGAAUACGAUUCCCGCGCAAAAACUCCUCCCAAAGGAGUAACGUGGUGUGGGAAUGAUUCGGUAAUUCUCUCUUGGGAAGACGAGGUCCACAACGUUGGCCCCAAUGGGGUUUCAACCAGAUACUUCUAUGAUGAUCAUGUCCAUGUUAUACCCGACCUUGAUGGAGUAAGGUUAUUUACUAAUGAAACCCUAGGAAUAGAUGUGACGGAAGAAGUAUUUAUGCUAGGCUCGAGCUCGCCGGCUGCUGUCUUGCUCGAUGCAGUGGAACAACUUGAAAAGAAGUCUCCAGCAGCGAAUGAAAAUGUUCAACGUAUUCGACCGAGCCUUGUCGAGGCGGUAGAUACCUGCGUAAGGGCGGCAGGGCAUGAGUUCAAUCCACACUGGCAGAAGCAGUUACUCAAAGCUGCCUCAUUUGGCAAAUCGAUACUUGAACUGUAUAAUAGCGACGACUUUGUGGAUAUGUGCGAGAAACUCCGCGUGCUCAACGCAGUCCGGGAUUACCGGGUCGGGCUUCCUAUUUCAUAUGAGCAAUAUCUCCGGCUUACACCCGAGAAAUUGAAUGAACGCUUAAUUAAUCGACAUGAAUACCUCCUUGCCAUUCGCGUGUCUGAAUAUCUCCGAUUGCCCGCUGACAAAAUUUAUGUCCAUUGGGCGAGCCAGAAGGUCAAGGUAUCUAGCGAGGAUGAUGAAGCGAUUUGUCAUUUGAUAGUUCAGAAGCUUCAUGGAAAGCACGGAAUCUCCUUUGAAACCAUUGCUCGAGCCGCUUAUGAUGAAGGUCGCGCUCAUUUGGCAACGCAACUUCUAAAUUUUGAGCCUCGCGCAGGAAAGCAGGUGCCGUUACUGUUGAGUAUGGAAGAGGAUACAGUCGCCUUGGACAAAGCCAUUGAAAGUGGCGAUACCGACUUGAUCUUCUUUGUUUUGCUCCAGCUGAAGAGGAAGCUUCCAUUAGCAGCCUUUUUCCGAACUAUAAAUACCCGACCGGUAGCUUCGGCGUUAGUUGAGGCGUCCGCUUGGGACCAAGACGUCGAAUUGCUCAAAGACCUGUUUUACCAAGAUGAUAGGCCUAUCGAUGGAUCAAAUUUACUCUUUAGGGAAGCCUUGAAGCAACCUGAUUUGCAGGGAAAGGUGGAUAAAAUGCGUGUUGCUUCUCGUUUGCUCUCUGAUUCCAAGGAUGCAACUGCUCAAGCUCACCUUAAAGCAAUGGCUGAAGCAUCCCAGCUCUUGAAAAUCCAGGAAGCUCUAGACAAAGACCUCUCCGAAAACACCAAUUUUGCAGGAUCAAGUAUUGAUCCGAUCUGGUUACGGAAAACGCGCCAACAAGAUCCAGAGCGAAUUUAA